UUGAAUUCUCACUUCCAUGGGAAAAUUACUUAUAGAGCAGGAAAUAAGUGUUUACGUUGGGAUGAGCUAGAAGGGGAUUAUCACAAAGUCUUGGCGAGGUGAUCCCUUGCACUAUUCUCUGCCAGGAACAUGGCAAAUUAGUUCUCAAUAGGAAUCUGCAACAAAUGUCCAGAAUAUAGUUUUCCAAGGGAGGAACAAUUCCCAAAUCCUUAACAUAACGGAAGGAUUUAAGUAAUAGGAGCAGUGCAUAAGCCGAAAUGACUCAAAUCAGUUGGAAAUUGUCCGUUAAUUUAGUCUCCAUUUAGUGUUGCCUUCAUCAUCCUCAAAGAUAUCAACCUUCACAUCACUCAGCACUGGUGGUGGGAGUGUAAACAAUGGUGGAAGCUUCUUUCCAUUACUUUGGAUGGGUGGUAAUAUCAAUGAACAAAGUACCAUGCUUAGUUCAGCUUGGGAUUAACCCACUGGAUUAGGGUCUUCGCGUGAGGGUUUUGGACUGCAUAUCAAGAAGGCCCUUAGAGGUGUGAAGGUUGAAGUAACUCAUGGAGGAAGUAUGAGCAGACUUAUGGGUUUUCUAUUCAAUGAACACAUUUUCCCUGUUUGCAAGUUAGAAAUCAACAAAGGCCAAAUCAUAUUUCCAUGGAGGUUUGUAAAAUUGUGGAGGGUCAGAGGUACUCGAAAAGACUCGAUGAACGUCAAAUAACUGCUCUUUUGAAGGUUACAUGUGGGCGGCCACGGGAAAGGGUGAAAGAUAUUAUGCAGAAUGUUCGCCACAAUGCUUAUUACGAGGACCCAUUCGCUAAGAAAUCUGGAAUAAAAACCAGUGAUAAGCUUGCUCAAGUUGGGGCUCGCAUUCUUCCUUCCCCAUGGAUUGGUUGUUUACACUGCUUACAACAGAUGACUUUAUGAUCAGUGGGGGAUAAUGUAUGUCAACGUAUACAACAGGUGAGAUAUACAAUGUCCACUCAUCAUCAAUUAUGCAAGAAAUUUCCCUGAAAGCACGUAGCUCGUUUCAGUUUUUACAUUUUAUGAUAUGUUGUUGAUGGUUUUGCUGACAUUCAUGGUUAUA